CCGUACGGGUACAACUUGUUACCAAGACAGCCAGGAAGAAGCUGAGAAGAAUCUUUUUAGUUUAGUUUAAUUAUUGAACGUGACAACGUUGCUGACAUCGCGGUAUACUUAAAACCAACACCAGGUUAUCCUUUAAAUGUGUUUUUCCUCCAGACGUUAAAUUUUUCUUUCUUUUUCCGCGAGCCAUCCUCGUGAUGCUAACGCUAGCUAAACCAGCAACAGGUGGGAUAUGGUCGGCGCUAAUUAGCAUGCAGCUUUUUGGUGGAACUGAACUCUUCUCAGAGCAGGCUUAGUUAAUUAGUUUAAUGACAUUUUUACGGCUACUACUCGCACAAUACUCCCCAAAAAGUCUAACAGGCCGCCUUAGCCACCAUGGGCACGGCCUCCUCCCUGGUCAGCCCCGGGGAUGUGAUCGAGGACGGCUACGGGGGCGAGGGCGGCGAAGCGUGCGAGAUCCCCGUGGAGGUGAAGCCCAAAGCCCGGCUCUUGCGCAGUUCCUUCCGCCGGGGACCUCGGGUGAUUGGGGCUAGCUUUAAGUCGACGGGCUCCGUGGACCUCGAGUACGCCGCCGAGUACGAGCGUCUGCGCAAGGAGUACGAGAUUUUCCGCGUGAGCAAGAACAACGAGAUCACGUCUAUGCAGAAGAAGGAGGCCAAGCUGGACGAAGAAAAUAAGAGGCUGAGGGCUGAGUUACAGGCUUUGCAAAAGACCUACCAGAAGAUCCUAAGAGAGAAGGAGAGUGCCCUGGAGGCCAAAUACCAAGCUAUGGAGAGGGCCUCUACGUUUGAGCAUGACAGGGAUAAAGUGAAGAGGCAAUUUAAGAUAUUUCGGGAGACAAAGGAGAAGGAAAUCCAGGAUCUCCUUCGUGCCAAGCGGGACUUGGAGUCCAAAAUGCAACAACUGCAAGCUCAGGGCAUCCAAGUUUAUUGUCCCAAUGAUUCCGAUUCAGACGACAACCAAACUACUGUGACAGCUGCUGGAACCCAGUGCGAGUACUGGAAUGGCGGUGUGCUGGGAAGUGAGCCCUCUAUGGGCAGCAUGAUGCAGCUGCAACAGACCUUCCGGGGACCAGAGUUCGCCCAUAGCCUCAUCGACGUAGAGGGCCCCUUCGCAAACGUGAGCAGAGAUGACUGGGAUGCUGCGGUGGCCAGUCUGCUGCAGGUGUCCCCUCAUGUGCCUCAGGCCUUGUGGAGCAACACGGUGCGCUGCUACUUCAUCUGCACGCCGGAGACCAGAGCAGAGAUGGAGAUCUUUACAAAGAAACACUCUCUGGUUCUGAGGAGGCUGUGUGAAGGUCUGGGACAUUUCUACCUGAACGUCUGCUUCCACGAAGACAAUGCCGCCUCGUUCGCAUUGGCACGCAAACAGGAGAUCGAGAGGAGCUCCGUGUGCGUGCUUCUCCUCAAAUCCACCGUCAACAGCUCGGUCGUGGAGGAUUGCGAGGAGGCUUUUGUGAAGAAUCCAGAUGGACAUCCAUUAGUGCUCUACCUCAGGACGGAAGGAGAUGGCAACUUGUCCGGGCCCACCAGGAAGCUUCUGGAAAGGGUCAACGCUGCGGACAAGGCUGCUAAAAUAAAGGUCUUGGACCAUAGCGGUUCUGCUGAAGAUGGAGCCAGCCUCAUUUCUGCUCAGCUGGAGAAAAUCAUCAAACAGGAGUUGCUCGGUUUCGAAGGAGCGGACGUGGACCCGAAGGACUCCGCCAUUGAGGAGGGUCGCGAGGAAGACUCGGGCGACGUCCUGUGGGACCUUCACGACGAGCAGGAGCAGAUGGAGUCCUACCAGCAGGCGUGCGGAAGCACCAGCUCGCAGCUGGGCUUCCAAAAGUACGUGGACCGGCUCAACGACAUGAUCGCCACCCCUCCUCCGACGCCACCUCUGCUGGUGUCAGGCGGUCCGGGCUCGGGAAAGUCCCUUCUCCUUGCCAAAUGGAUCGAACUGCAGCAGAAGCAGUCCCCCAACACCUUGUUCCUCUCCCAUUUCGUCGGGCGACCUUUGUCCUCCAGCUCUGAGCCUGUCCUCAUCAUCAAGCGCCUCACGGUUAAACUGCUGCAACAUUUCUGGUCCAUUUCGGGCUUGUCCAUGGAGCCCAGCAAGAUCCUGGAGGAGUUUCCACGCUGGCUCGAGAGGCUCUCGGCGCGCCACCAGGGCAACAUCAUCAUCAUCAUAGACUCGAUUGACCAAAUCCAGCAAGCAGAAAGACACAUGAAGUGGCUGAUCGACCCGCUGCCCGUCAACGUCAGAGUGGUCGUGUCUGUCAACGUGGAGACGUGUCCUCAAGCGUGGCGGUUGUGGCCCACUCUCCACUUGGACCCGCUGAGUCCCAGGGAGGUCAGGAGUGUGGUGAAUGCAGAGUGCCUAAGCUCGGACCUCCAGCUCACCAAAGAUCAGGAGAAGAAGUUGGAGAAGCACUGCCGAUCAGCAUCGACUUGCAGUGCUUUAUACGUCACACUGCUCGCAAGGAUGAGCACUAGUGGAGGAUGGUCAUUGGAGAAGAGCCUCGAGCAGUGCCUGCAGUGUCAGGACACCUUGUCACUCUACCGCCUGGCGCUCAAAAUGACGCUGGACUCCCUCGGCUCGGACAGAGAGCGACACAUCAUGAGAGAGAUACUCUGCCUGCUGUACUCCAGUCACAAUGGAGUGAGUGAGUCCGAGGUUCUCGAUCUUCUCCCAGAGUUGGAAUUUCCAGCGCUGGCGUCAAUGCUCUUUUGUCUGAGUAGACUCUGCGUGGUCACCCUCCACUGCGGACUCAUCAGAUUCCAACAUCUGCAGGCGUGGGAAGCGGUGAGAUUGGAGUUUCUGAGCACAGGUUGUGGUUGCACUACAUACAGAGAGAAGCUGAUCCACUACUUCAGCCAGCAACUCAGUCAUGAUCACGUGACGUGGCGCGUCGCCGACGAGCUGCCUUGGUUGCUCCAGCAGCAGGAGGACCGCACCAAACUGCAAUUGAGCCUUUUGAACCUGUUUGUCUCCCAGAACCUGUACAAGAGGGGUCAUUUCUCCGAGCUGCUCGCCUAUUGGCAGUUUGUGGGCAAGGAUAAAAGCUCCAUGGCCACCGAGUACUUUGACUCGCUGAAGCACUACGAGAAGAACUGCGAGAGUGAGGACAGCAUGACCAAGCUGGCCAACCUGUACGAGACGUUGGGACGUUUCCUCAAAGACUUGGGCUUGUCCAGUCAGGCCGUAGCCCCUCUGCAGCGGUCACUCGAGAUCCGAGAGACCGCCCUGGACCCUGACCAUCCCAGCGUGGCGCGCUCCCUGCAUCAGCUAGCCGCCGUCUACGUCCAGUGGAAGAAGUACAGCAAUGCCGAGCAGCUGUACAAGCAGGCGCUGGAGAUCAGCGAGAACGCCUACGGGGCCGAGCACGGCAGCGUGGCACGAGAGCUGGAGUCCCUUGCCGUACUCUACCAGAAACAAAACAAGUAUGAACAGGCGGAGAAACUCAGGAAGAGGUCAAUGAAGAUCAGGCAGAAAACGGCUCGCCAGAAAGGCCAUAUGUAUGGCUUCACUCUGUUGCGUCGCCGGGCCGUCCAGCUUGAAGAGCUCACCCUUGGGACCGAUUCCGCCGACUGCGCCCGGACCCUGAACGAACUGGGUGUGCUCUACUACCUCCAGAACAACCUGGAUGCGGCCAAGGUGUUCUUGACACGCUCGCUCGAGAUGCGCCAGCGCGUCCUGGGCCCGGACCACCCCGACUGCGCGCAGUCCCUCAACAAUUUGGCGGCACUGCACACAGAGAGGCGGGACUACGAGGCGGCCGAGGAUAUGUACGAGAGGGCGCUUGACAUCCGUAAGAGGGGCCUCUCGCCGGACCACCCCUCGCUUGCCUACACGCUCAAACACCUGGCCAUGCUCUAUAAGCGCAGGGGGAAGCUGGAGAAGGCGGUGCCCCUCUACGAGCUCUCACUGGACAUCCGGGAAAAGAGUUUUGGGCCUAAACAUCCCAGCGUAGCGACGGCACUGGUUAACUUGGCGGUCAUCUACUGUCAGCUGAAGAAACACGGCGAAGCCUUGCCCCUCUACGAACGAGCGCUCAAAGUGUACGAAGAUAGCCUGGGACGCUCGCAUCCGCGCGUCGGGGAGACUCUCAAGAACCUGGCGGUGCUCAGCUACGAGGAGGGCGACUUCGAGACGGCGGCCGAGCUGUACAAGCGCGCCAUGGAGAUCAAGGAGGCGGAGCCGUCGGUGGCGUGCGGCAACGCGCCGUCGCGCCACUCGUCCAGCGCCGACACGUUCAGCCUGCGGGGACCUGCCCCCCUCCCUCACGGCCCCAGGUGACCCCGUCACCCCUCCGCACAGGUACGCUGCCACUUGGGGAAAGUGGAUUUGCACACAGAGCCUUUUGUCAUUCGGAAUCGUGAAUACAUUUUCUAUUUACUUCGGGAAAUGGUAGGACAGGGGUCGGCAACCCAAAAUGUUGAAAGAGCCAUAUAGGACAAAAAAAAACAAAACCA